AAUGUCUCCACCAUGGCUCAGAUAAAGUACAUAGGAUUAUGCGUGUCUGCAUUUAUGUUAGCCGUCGCACUCGACGUCGGCGGUGUGGUUCUGCUCUUUGUCGGUAUCUUCGCCAACCUGCGCCUCGACGGCCGCUUCUACGGCGACUUCUUGAUCUACACCGGCUCUCUGCUCAUCUUCAGCAGCCUGGCCUCCUGGAUCAUCUGGUACAUUGGCAACGUGCAGCUGGACGAGGACGACGACGGGAAGAAGAAGAAGAAGAGGAGCAGCAUCGUGCAGCUGGCCAGGAAACUCUCCGAGAGGUUGAGCCAGAAGCUGAAACCACGCGUGAAAUAUGUGGAGGAUGGUGAGGAGUGCAGCAGCAGCCAGGUGAGCUCACCUGCUGAUGCUGCACACAUAGCCAGCAGGGUGACCUGGGGCAGAUCCACAGCCUACCACAAUGAAGGCUACGAUGACUGUCUGGACUCUGUGGAGAAGAAUAUGGAGCUUGAACCAGAGGACAAACCAGAGAUCUGAACCACCACCAUGAUGAUGCCAUGAAUGGGUAUACCUUCAUAUACAAUAGAUGCUUUAAAUGUGGCCAUGUCUGCAGCAGGAUGCUACUGUAGAGAAUAUUAUUAUAUGCUGUAUUUCUCAGCCAAAACUAAGUGAAGAAUAUUAUUAUAUAGCCAAUUAUUAUAUACUGUAUUUCUGUAUGGAUGAGUGGAUGGAAAUAAUGUUCAUAGGUCAGUAAUACUUAACUUUACAGGUUCUGUAAGUUAUGGAAAGAUUUUUGCAUCUACUUCUGACAGGGAAAACAGAUAGUUGGUGCACUCUCAAUUAAUAGUGAUUCUUUAAAGACCCCAUAUUAUAAAAAAGUGAGAUUUUCAUGUUUUGUUAUUAUAAAGCAGGUUUAAGUCCUAUAUAAAUACUGUGAAAGUAUCAAAACACUCAAUCCACAG